AUGGACGCAUUGUUGGAGGGACUCAACGAUGCGCAAAAGAGUGCGGUGACAAGUCCUGCCAAUGUCGUCCAGGUGCUUGCGCCGCCAGGCUCAGGCAAAACUAAAACACUCACAGCACGCGUCGCGUACCACAUCAACCACGAGCGACUACAGCCAUGGAACAUCAUCGUAUGUACUUUCACCAUCAAGGCAGCACGGGAGAUGAAAGAGCGAAUUAAGGGGUUCGUUGGAGAAAAGCUUGAGGCGAAAUUGAUCUUGGGUACCUUCCAUUCGGUCGCGCGCCGCUUCUUGUCUCGGUACGGUCAAGAGAUUGGAAUUGACAAGAACUUUGGUAUCGCGGACACUAGCGACAGCACGGCGAUACUGAAGCGAAUAGUCACGCGUCAUCAGUACACAGUGGAGCCUGGUCAUGCUCGUUCCAGGAUCUCCAAAUUGAAAGCCAAGGGCACCACGGCCGACGACUUUCGAAGGACAGCCAAGAAUAUCAACGACAAUGAGUUUGCCAUGGUCUAUUCUUCCUACCAAGAACACUUAGCCGCUUCCAAUCUUCUCGAUUAUGACGACCUUCUUGUCCGGUGUGUGGAUCUAUUAAAGAAGUCGCCAUCAUGUGUCUCCACGAUACAGGCUGUACUCAUCGACGAGUAUCAGGAUACCAACAAUAUCCAGUACGAAUUAAUGAGGUUGCUAGCUCAACAUACAAGACGCAUCACCAUCGUUGGUGAUCCGGACCAAAGUAUAUACAGCUUCCGAUCAGCUGAGAUCAAGAACUUGCUGAGGAUGCGCACCGAUUACCCAGAGUCAGUCGUAAUCAACUUAGAGAACAACUAUCGAUCUUCGGGGUGCAUCUUAAGCUCUGCUAUGGCUGUAAUUGAGCAGGAUGAGAGCCGACCACAGAAGUCGUUGAUCGCUACGCACGGUGUCGGCGAACAACCCACUCUUCGCCAUCUGGUAUCAGCGAACGUAGAAGCGAGGUGGAUCGUUGAAGAGGUACAUCGGACCAAAACACUUAGCGCGGGACUAUUAGGCUACAAUGACUACGCUAUACUUGUGCGCUCGUCUCCGCUCACCCUUCAGAUUGAGCGAGCGCUCGGACAAGCUGGAAUUCCCUAUCGCAUGGUCGCUGGUACGAAGUUCUUCGACCGUGCCGAGAUCAGAAUCAUUUUGGACUACCUACGCGUGGUCAGUCAGCCAGAACACAACGACGCGGUAGCACGUGUCAUCAACGUACCUUCCCGGAAGGUUGGCGACGUCACUGCCAAGGCGCUGCUCGAAGAAGCAGAGACCAGGAAAGUCACUCUAUGGAAACUGGUGCUCGAUGUCGCCCAAGGCAGGAGGAAACCGGCAAGCAAAGUGUCCGCCCAGGCACAGAAGGGUAUCGAGCAAUUCGUCAACGUUAUUCUCACCUCUCGAGAGAAGCUCAUGCCUGCUAAAGACGAAGACUGCAACCUGUUAGGUCUCAUAUCGCACAUUCUGACUAAGAUUCAAUUCGAGUCCUACCUCAAGCAGACGCAUAAGGAGAAUUGGCAAGAUCGAUGGGCAAACGUGGAGGAGCUAGUGAAUCAGGCGACUCAGAUGGCUACCGCAGUUGCCAACGGGGAAGAAAUCUCUGACGAUGCCUUGCCAGUGGUAGAGGGCAUCGAACAGCGAAACGACACCGCGGCAGAUAUCCUGUCUAAGUUUCUGGCCAACGUCACACUUUCGAGCGCGGCAGACCAGGAGGGCAGCGAACUAGACCAGGUCACCAUCUCUACCAUUCACGCAGCGAAAGGUCUAGAAUGGCCUGUCGUUUUCAUGCCUGCUGUGUACGACGGAUCCAUACCUCACUCUCGAGCCGAUGACCAUGAUGAGGAAAGGCGCUUGUUGUACGUUGGUAUGACCCGAGCACAAGGCCUGCUCUACUUGAGCUGUCCAGUCAAGCAGUCGGGCCAGGAGACGACAACCCUUUCAAGAUUCAUUUCGGAUCGGAAAAUACAGAAGCUCUUCAACGACCGGGGACCAGACCUGGCUUUCAAACGAAGUACUAUACCAGAUUUAGCCCGCAUUCUGCGCAGAGACUGUCCAUCAUCUGAAGAUAUUAAGAAUGCUCUAGGGUUGCUGGAACAUCCAGAGGAUGAUCGAUACCCAGCGACUCGAGAGGAGAUUGACGGGGAUGAUCCAACAUGGGGCGCAUACGGCCCCGACAAGUACAAAAGCGCAAAGUCCAACGGUGAUGGACAAAAUCAGUCCUUCAAGCGGCGCAAAUUGGAAUCGUCAAACUCUUUCUCGACAGACUCAGUAGCAGUCACCAUGAAUAGAACGUCUGGGUUCUCCAUGGCUACAACCACGAUGCCGACCGUCAAAGCUGGUUUCACUAGUGCUCGGGAUCUAGGAGACCUCCAGGCGAUGCAAAGAGAAGCAGAGCGCAUUCGCACUCUAGCCACUGCUCAGGACGCAGAGACUGGCAAAGCAGCCUACAAUGAUUCGAAGAAAGCAGAAGCAAAGCCUGCCCGUGUGAAAGCCGUCAAGCCACUUGCAAAAGGCCAAGGUGCUAUUACGAGCUUUUUUAAACGAUCAAACAGCGCGAUAUCUGAGGAAACAGAAACACCGCCAUCCUUCACCGCGCCAUCCUUACAACGCUCGCAGUCCUCGUUCCCCACUCAUGCCCCACUACAUGACAUAUCCAACGUUCAACCUUCCGCCUCACGACCGCCUCGUCCAUUUCAACCACUCUCAAUACCCAGUCACAAAGUUACGAACCGGCCGAUCCUCGUUAAGCCGAAACGUGCCGAGCCUGAACCGGGGACGGAGAAUGCACGAUACGUCCUUUUGUCUAGUUCACCCCCUAGACCAGAUGCAGAGGAUUUGCAUCAGGCAGGAAAAGAGGGUAUAGACCCAGGAAGCCCGACCAAGCAGACAUCAUCGUCAUUUGCACCAGCAUCUGGCUUUCGACCAGCGUCUACAUUUCACACGACGUCGAUGAAUCAGGUGCAAAAUCAAUCGGCACAGAGGAAAACGUUGGGUGCGAGACGGAGUAUGCAGCCGUGGAGUGUGAAGCAUAAUGCCAUGCCAAAACCGCGGCCAUCAUGA